GUCAUUCCCCUGCGCCUUGAGCUCAGUCUUUCGAAAAGCAACCAUGAAAGUCCGUGUCAUUUUUUUCCUUUUGAUCACGUCGAAUUGUUGCAACAGUGAAACCUGGUUCGAGACUUUCCGAAACGGAGGUGCAUCAGUGGCAAGAAGGCUCUUUUUCCAACACUUCCAAAGACAAAUCAAUGCCUUGAACGGAGACGAGUUCGUGCCGACGAUCAUAGGAGGGGAAGCUGUCACUUCCAGGUCUGCCACACCGUACAUGGCCAGACUCUCGCUAUGUUCUGGGCAGUACUGUUACCACAUAUGCGGAGCGGCCAUCUUGACGAGGAGUCAUCUCCUCACAGCAGGACACUGCAUGUUUUAUCCGCGGACGACGACCAUGUUGCCGAGUGUAUCAGCAACAGUCGGGGACCUCAACUUGAACGUUUUGGAGGAAUCGGAGGUGCAAGUCCCGGUGACUUAUACACCUCAUCCGAAAUACGACAACAACAAAUUCUACUUUUAUGAUAUAGGAUUGGCCGCGCUCAAGGGCUCCUUGAUCUUCGGGAAUGGUAUUCUUCCCAUUCAUCUUCCAGUACCUGAAGUAGAUGUCACUGGAGAUCUCGCUUUGAUCCCUGGCUGGGGAAGGUACUACGGUACACCAGGCACAUCCGUCACUUCAGCGACUCUGCAAUUCGUGGAGCUCAAAUUGCUGUCUCUGGAUGCCUGCAGAGAAACUUACGGAACAGCGGUUCAUCAAGAUCACUUGUGUUUCGGAGGAGAGAAUUCCGAUGGAGGGAUCUGUAGCGGAGACAGCGGGGGACCAGUGGUGGUUUUCGACGGCGAUGGCACAGCAAAAGUCGUCGCUGUCAACUCUUUCAUCAGGAGGACAGCCACUGAUGACUGCCCGACGUCCAACCCGGGAGUGGGUACCAAGAUCGCCAGUCACCUAGCCUGGAUUAAGCCUAUUUUAGAGUUAUCGGCAGGUGAAACCCCAUUGAACGUCAUCAGUCAGGCAUCCACCAGCCAGGAGCCCACAACCGUUCAGGGAAACAAGCUGAGUUUCUUUCAGGAGUUUUUCGUUGAGGCCAGGAUGCUUUUGUCAACACAUGAAGCCCCAAGUACCACCCCAAGCGUCACAAAUCCGCCAGUUUACCCACUGGGUACCCCGAAUUGCGUCAUCAAUGAGCCACUGUACCCAGCACAGAACACACCGAAUGGCGUCAUCAAUCAGUCAUCUAUCCAGGAAGAAAACUUUGACCCGGGAAAUGCCGAACAAGUGACCCACGACGUUCCGGAUGCCUCGACAGGGAAACUGAGCUUCUUGGCGGACUUUUUCUUGGAAGCCAGAAUGCUCUUAUUCCCACGUUACUACGGUUUCAGGAGUGUAUAA